AGAAAUUAAAGGAUGACCAAAAACUAAGCCGAUGGGCAGUUGUUUUCCAUUACCAACAAUCAGCGUGUAUGGAAUGUAACCAGUAGCUGAAUGAAUUCCUUACCAGGAUAUAGCGGACUGCACUACAAUGGCGAAUCUAUCCGCUGUGUUCUCUGAGAAGGAAAGGACGAACUGGCUGAAGGCGUGGCUAGCAGUUGACAUUGCCAAGGCUGGUAUAGAGCAAUUUGUGGAGAACGAGGCUAUAACUUUACAAGCCAGUAUAUACAAAAUUGUCUGGUCUAGUAGCCAGGCGCCAGCCGCGUGUAUAGGCUGUCACACUGCAAAUUUGCUAAAAUGCCCAACAAAAAACGUAUGCAAUAAAUGGGGAUCACAAAGCACAUGCAAUUCGAUGCAUGACAGCGCGUUAAAACAACCACGACCAUGUCCUGCUAAUGUGUGUAAUAAAGUUCAUGACGAGAUUGUUAAGCGGCAUAGAUUUAAUAAUCCGUCUUGGAAAAAUACAACGGCGCAACAAUGGGCAACAAAUCCAUGGCAAGUAGGCAAGGCUUAUCUACCUCCCGACGGAUAUGCUGGGAAGACUACGGUUCAAGAUACAGACUUCAACGGAAUCAUCAGCUUUAUGAUGAACUGCAAACACUUUUACAACAGGUUGUCAUUCCUUAUUUCUCCAGGAAACCAUAAUUCGCCAUGCCUACUGACAAAAGCACGAGACAUUGGCAAAACUGUCCGUCACUCGUCUCAUUGUAAAGUAACAGACCCAGAUCUUCAGGUCAUCUUCACAACACUGGCAUGCCUGCUGAGUGACCCAACGUGUCUAGCGCAUGACGUCGCUGCAAAGGAGGCUGUGAGGAAAUUAGCAGAGCUUUAUCGUCAAUGA